CAGCGACACCAGCUAUACCCCCCUCUCGCUCGUCAUGUGUUGGGUGCGUUGUUGAUGAGGGGAGCUGCUAGCUCCCUGAGGUGUGUACGCAAUUAUUAGCUAAUCAUGGGGAACAAGAUGUCCCGUCCGACUCGACCGAGCUGACGAACUCAACGCGGUGUGGAUUCGGAGACAUCGUCCGCCUGCGCGAGGGAGGAGAUUCGCGAUUAUGUUGGCCCGAAGGACACAUUGGAUCGCCCGAUCCAACGGUUACUGCUGGCGUAGGCCGUCAAGCAGCAGGUUGAAAAGAAAGCCUGGCUUAACGCUGACCCGCCAGAACAGCACUUCCAAGUCCAUGCCAAACCCGUACUGGACGUCGAAGCUCACCAACUCGCUGGAGCGUCUUCAGAGCAAGACGCGCCUCAAGUUGAACGCCCGCGUGUUGUUCGACAGCAUAGCUGCGUUCAGGGAUACUCACUUUCAAAGGAUGGUACUACUAUUGCGCAGCAGUGCAUCGACGCAGCACAGGAUGCAAGUCAGGCCAAGAACCGAUCUCGAAACGCAAGGGGCAUCGCAGAGCUCUGCAGACGACGGUAGAGCAGACGUCGAGAAUCUGAAGCAGACGCCCUCCGAGAGCCUUGGUUCUUGGCGAGAGCUUCUUCGCAAGGCCAUCACACCGGAUCCAGGAGCUGGAGACCACCAAACAGUACAGCUGGGUGUGCAGCAGGCAACGAACAAGGACCUGUCAUCUGGCGACAGCGUAGUGAAAGGAGAGAUGAUGGUCAGAGACCCCGCGAAGGGUGACACCUCCUGGCAGGAGUUUGCAAAGGCACAGGAGUCCGAGGUGAACAAGAUUCUGUCCGAAUUGGAGCUGGCACAAGACCAGAAGCCCAAGCCUCAAAAGGAAGAUGUAGCUGCUGCAGACACUAAAAGCAAGGUUCCUGCUAUGUCACAGGUGGAAAUAGACCGAACAUCACGCGCCCUCCUGAAAUCAGUGGUGGCAGCCUCAUCACCGGCGUCUCAAGUGGCGCGAUUGGAGGAACUAAACAACCACAUUCUGAGCAAUCCCAGCAGUCUGUGCAUACUUGUCAAGGAACGGGCCAUCGCUCACAUUCUACGAAUGCGGGAGUAUUCCAACAACAGUUCUGUCAUGUCCACGGCACGGGAGACUCUGGCCCUGCUGGGCUACGUUGAUCCGCCGAGGGGAAGGGGCCUGCGUAUCCUCUCCAUCGACGGCGGAGGCACUAGGGGCAUUCUGGCCAUCGAGUUGCUGCGACAGCUGGAGCUGUGCACGGGGCAACGGGUGUUCGAGCUGUUCGACUACGUGGCCGGCGUGAGCACGGGCGCCAUCCUGGGCUAUCUGCUUGGUGGCCUGCACACUUCCCUAGACCGGUGCGAGUCCCUGUACCGCAGCAUGAGCCUCGAGGUGUUCACCCAGAACGCUUGGUGGGGCACGGGGCGCCUGGUGUGGAGUCAUGCCUACUACGAUACCUCGUACUGGACUGAUGCCAUCAGGCGGGUCUUUGAGGACAAGACCCUAUUGGAAACCACAAGAAAUUCGUGCAGUCCCAAGGUGGGAGCCAUAUCAGUGGCAGUGAACCAGCCAACUCUGAAGCCAUACGUCUUUCGCAACUACAACCUCCCGCACCGAGUCGAGUCGCACUACUAUGGCAGCUGCAAGUACAAGAUGUGGCAAGCGAUCCGGGCCUCGGGGGCUGCGCCGGGGUACUUCGAGGAAUACGACCUUGACGGCUUCGUCCACCAGGAUGGCGGCCUGAUGUGCAACAACCCUACAGCCGUGGCGAUCCACGAAGCCAAGCUUCUGUGGCCCAACGAGCCAAUCCAGUGCGUGGUGUCGUUAGGCGGAGGUCGCUUCAUUCCGGAGGUGACGGAGCAGAACCAGGGGUUCACGUCGCUCAAGAAAAAGAUCCUCAAGGUCAUCGACAGUGCCACUGACACCGAAGCUGUUCACACUACAGUUCAAGAUCUCCUGCCUCCAAACGCCUACUUCCGUUUCAAUCCAUACCUGUCGGAAUGGAUCACUUUGGAUGAAAACCGCGCUGAAAAGUUAGACCAACUCAAGCAGGACGCCCAGAUGUACCUAAGGCGCAACUCCGAAAAGUUUGACUCUGCCGUCAAAAGUCUGCUGACGAAGCGAGGGCCGAUGCAGAGGGUCAAUGACUGGCUAAGGAUGCAGUUGACUAUUAAGUGGUGAUAGUCGAACGUUACAGACACGCAUCACUUGUAAAAGUAAGAACUUUAGAACAAAGGAAUAUAGUGUGAGCAAAUGGUCUUUCUUGCAUUUGGCAAACAACGCAAUUUGUUCCUUUUUUUACUAUUUUAAGGCUAGGAACGUUGAUCGUAAAGGUUAGGCAAGCGAUUUGAAGAGAUAUUUCUCCUCGACUUCUUACGCAAAUUGUGUUGGAUGCGUGCGUGAUUACCUAUGGAAAUUAUUGUUGAUAUAGUGAAGUACGCACCUUGUAUGAUAACUGUUCGUACAAAUAAUUGAUUGAGUACCACCUACAACAGGCAUGAUGGUGCCACCCCGACUUGUCAAUUAUGCACAUUUUCACAACCUCAACGUACUUACUUCCACACAACACCGUUGUACUUUUGUUAUGUAGUGGGGCAGCCUGCCCAGCACAGAUAUGUUAUAUCUGUUCUCUGCAAGCUUUUAUAUGUAUAUUAUUUCACCCGUACUUCGCUAGUCAGCCUGCAAGCCUCUGUCACUCUGCAUGCUUCGUUGUGUGCAAAUGGACAAGUUUGUCACUGGGGACUCGACAUCGUCCUGCCUCCUAACAUUGUAAAUAAAAUAAUGUUGAUUGUUUU